AGGGGCUAGCCUCUAUCAUAAAUGCUGGUCUUUGAAAAAUCCCGAAGAGAAUGUGAUUUUCAUUCAACUUAAUAAUGUUAGUUUUCAUAACAGGCCUGCUUCAGGUGGUGUUUUAACAAUAAAAUUUUUGUCAGAAAACAAAGAUUUUAAUGUGUCUUCUCAAUCUCAACUACGCAAUUUUACAACCACGUCUUCUGUUGUUGAAAUCCAUUUUAAAGUGAAUUCAGGUCGAUUUGCCGAUGGGAUGAAAACAGGUUUCUCAUUAGAUUUCAAUCAUAACUGCAACAGGAUACUGACUGAGCUUAACGGCAGUAUAAACACUCCAAAUUAUCCAUGGUACAGAGGUGUAACGACAGCAGAAUGCAUUUAUGAAAUAAGAUUGAGACCAGGAUAUCUGGUCAAUAUUACUUUUCACGAUGUAGAAAUAGGUUACGGUGAUAAUGAUGACUGUAAUAUAGAUUAUAUACAGAUUCGUGAUGGUGACACCGAAAAAAGCCCUCUAAUUGCCGAUAUUUGCGGAAGUAUGGAGUCAUAUUCUGUCAAGUCAACUAGCAAUCACUUAUGGAUGAAACUCAAAGCUGGUUAUUUUCUAAAUGACGGAUUUUAUGCAAAUUACAGCGCAGUAGCAAUUGCCCAUGAUGAUUGUUAUCCUAGAGACAGCUUCCGUUGUGCAAAUAACACUUGUAUUCCAAAGAGUGAGGUUUGCGAUGGAAUAAAAAACUGCGAAAAUGGUGCUGACGAGCUUGGUUGUGUUUAUAAUGAUUGUAAAAGUAAUGACAGCUUCCGUUGCUCUGAAAAUACUUGCAUAGCCAGGAGUGAAGUUUGCGAUGGAAUGAUAAACUGUCCAAAUGGUGCUGACGAAAUUGGCUGUCGUACCAAGCAUUCGACGAUCAAGGAUGUCAUGGAUAUUGCAGUUGAGGAACAUCGUCGUCGUUUGGAAGUGAUAGAGCUCCAAAAAAGAUAUGAAAUGGAUAGAAUUGAAUUCCAAAAAAUUUUUGAAAUUGAAAAACUCAAACAAAUGAAACAAUACCAUAACUUUAAAAUUCGAGGAGCUAAAAAUAAACUCAGUAAAGAUAGUUCUGAGGAAUAGACCAGCAAAAGCUGUUCUCAUUUAUAAUUUAGGCUCCGGUAUAUAUUAUGUAACCUUCGAUCUUGUAAAUAAAAUAAAAUAUCGUA